GUGAGUCCCAAAUGCGCUAGAAUAUCAUAUACAACGAACCUAAAUAGAGGCUAAGGGGUGCAUAAAACAAGCAGUAAUUAGUGGCAAGGCAGUGCCAACCCCACAUUAAGCAGUGCCAGCGGCAAGAGGAGCACUGCCAACCAGCCGGAUGUGUUUGGUGUGGCAUCAUCUCGCUCAUCUCAGUCUGUGCCUCAGUCAUGGCAGCGGAGGAGCAGUGGGCGCAAUGUUGUGAGUGGCUGAAGCGUGUGGGCCUCAUAGGGAGUGACCACUUGCUUGCCAGCAACCAAGCCAGACUCUCAGACCUGUGUAGGUUCCUGAGAGAUGGUGUAAUGCUGUGCAAGUUGCUUCAUCUGCUUGAUAAGAACAGCAUAGACCUCCGCAGCAUUAAUCAGCGACCCCAGAAGGCCCAGUUCCUCUGUUUGAAAAACAUCAGUAUCUUCCUUCAGACGUGUGAGCAUAACUUUGGCAUUCAUAAAGAUGACUUGUUUGAUCCUGAAAUGCUCUUUGAGUCCCUUGACUUUAAGAAGGUCCUUCAUACACUAUCCAGGCUUAGCAACUGUCCAAGAGCUCAACGUCUGCAUAUUCAGGGCUUCUCGGAGGAGAGGUGUCAGAAUGGUGGCGACAACGAAAUCUAUGAGACUCUCUUCAGGGACAUGGCAAACCACAUAAUGGAGACCCCCAGUACCCCCACUAUUGCCUCCGAUGGGGAAGAGGGGCUCAGCUGCAUCUCAGAGCAUACCCCUCUGAGCCUGCUUUCCCGGAGGCUGCACAGCUCUGAGGAGGCAGCGUACGAGUCCCUCUGUUAUGUGACUCUGAAGCCCAAGGAGAAUGCAACAAUACCUCGGCCAGAGGCACCCGACAUCUCCAGGAAACGUGACCUUUGUCUGCAGGAGCUUGUUGAGACAGAGCAUAACUAUGUAGAGGCCCUCAACAUGCUCUGCAGAAAGUUCCUUGAACCACUCAGGAGGGUACUUAAUGAGGAACAGAUCAAGAAGAUAUUUGGGAAAAUACCCGAGCUGUCCACAAUCCACCAGGUACUGCAUAAAGGUUUGAAAGAGGCCCAGAACAACAACUCUGCAGGAAAGACCAUUGCAGAUGUCUUCUUGGAAAACCAAGAGAGGCUCAUCAUAUAUGCAGAAUACUGUGCCAACCUUGCAGCUGCUCAGCAAGAACUUGAAGAUGUGAUGAACAACAACGAAGAAGCCAAGAACCUUAUCCAGGAGUGCCAGAAUGAGGUCAACGAAGGACGUCAUCAACUGAAAGGAUACUUGGUGGUGCCUCUCCAGCGCAUCCUGAAGUAUCACCUAUUACUGCAGGAGCUUGAUCGUCAUAGCCAACCAUAUUCAAACAGUGACCUGGGGGACCUGAAGAGUGCACAUGAGGCCAUGAAGGACCUGGCAGAGUAUAUAAAUGAGGCAAAGCGGGACAAAGAGAUGCUACAGAUCAUACAGGACCUUCAGAGUAGUAUAUUGGACAUGCCAAGUGAAAUCAAUGACUGGCAGAACCUUGGCAAGUUGAGGCAUGAUGGCGAGACAAGGAUUGAGCGUCAUUCUGACCCAGUAAGGAAAAGAUAUGUGUUCAUCUUUGACAAGGUGAUGGUGAUAUGCAGCAAGCAAACAAAAAGACUAUCUGGGCUGUUCCUUGGCCAUAGUGUCAAUAGGUGGUCCUUGGGGGAGGUGUCUGUGGAGGAUGAGAAAUACAUCUUCAAGGACUGGGUGAAGCUGGAGAACUGUCAUAUUGACAACUCUGUGGCAGCAGGCCAGGGAGGCAGCACCAAGGGACGGCAUAACAGUUUCUUGUUGGUGGUGGAUGUGAACAAGGCAGCAUACACUAUCCUCACCAAGGACAGUGACUCCAAGGAGAGGUGGAUGAAGCAUAUCAGUGAUGCCAUAGAAUACCUCAAUCCUGCCAAGAAUCGAGAAAUGGAACACACCUUCUCCAUAACUACCUUCUCAAGACCCACCACCAGAUGUAUGAUAUGCAACAAGCUGCUCAAGGGGACCAUUUUUCAGGGUUAUAGGUGUUCACGGUGUGAGAUGGUGGUGCACAGGAGUUGUCUUGAUGGGGUGCAGCGGUGUGAGGGUCGUGCCCGCCAUGAGUCUCCCAUCCCACCAUCCCAUCCACGGAGACCUAGUGAACCAUAUCCAGGCUAUGGUAAUCUCCAGCUCAUGAAUUUCCCCUGGUGGGUGGAGAGGAUGACAAGAGAGGAAGCGAAAAGACAGCUGGAGCUGUUGCCAGAUGGAACAUUUCUCAUCCGCUGGUCAGAACGCCACCAGAAACUUGUGCUGUCCCUCAAAGUUAAACAUGAUGAUGUGAAGCACAUGAGAAUCUUGAAACAUGAAGAAGCCAACAGCUUUUACCUGAGUGAAGUCCGCUACUUCCGCACUGUUGAGGCACUCGUCAACUACUACCGGCAGAACUCCCUUUCCGAGUGUUUUUCUGACCUCUUCUCCACACUAUCCCGUCCCUUGUAUGACACUGCAGUGGUGAAGUUCUCCUACCAAGGUCCGGGGGCGAAUUACUUAUCACUGGAGCUUGAUGAUAGAGUGAUAAUCAUCAGCCAUGAUGGGGAGAGCACCGGCUGGUGGAAGGGUAGGAUAGGCAACAGGGUGGGCUAUUUCCCCAAGGAGUUUGUCCAGGUAGAGAAUAACUUUAAUAUGUAAUUUAUGUAUGUGUCACUUUUAUUAGUAUGAACUGCUAAAUGUUGAGAAAGGGUGGGUGCAAGAAGAAGGGAUUUAAGCAUCACCUUCUCCAUAGUGUUAUAACAUAGGAAGAAACUCUACUUUGUUCUGUGAUCAUAUCUCUCCUGUUUCCAUUCCUCUUGUGCUUUUAGUCUUGGAAACUGGAAUUCACCAACAUUGCUUUGCUAAUUACUUAUUAUACCAGAAUUUAUUUAUUUAUUUUUUAUAUAAAUAUGGUGUUCUUCAUUACACUUACUUCCUGAAUCAUUCCUAGUCUUUAGGAAGGUUUACAUGACCUGUUAGGAUCUUUCUUUUGUGUUUUAUCUGUCUCUUUAUAGGAAGUCUCUUGGAGUAAUCAGUCAUCUUGCUUAGGGAUGCAGUACUCCAGUUAUUCACGUGCCAAAAGUGUUACACAAAGACUUGCGUUUCUUGUUAAUAGUGUAGUGAGAGCCUUUUGUAGGGUGUUAAAUAUCGAGAGUUGAGAACCAUAUAGGCCUUAUGUUCUUCUAAUGAGUGGCCUCCAGUCACUGGCCGCUGCCACAGUCAUAUGUGUUCUGUGUGAGUCAUUCAAGUAUAAUGUGGUGUGAGUCACUACUUCAGCCCUCAUUACAGGGAUGAUAUAAGCAUAGUACACUGUCUUGUUAGUGUGUCAUCUUCACACCUACAUCAUUUUGUAUGUAGUGUGAAAAUUUAAUAAUUAGGCUCUCAGGCUGUGUGUAAUGUGUGCAUAUUGUAAAAUCGCUGGAUACACUGUGGAAGUUAGGUUUUAUAUAGUGACUUGCAUGUCAGUAGAGGGAGAACUUGCAGUUAGACACUUGCAAUGUUUAUGCUUUCGUCAGUGGGUAUCAUCAUUUCAGGAAAUUGGUGUAUAAUUAUACAGAAGCAUCUACACUUCAGCUCAAACAGUGAAUAAGAAGUCAAAUAAAAUGUACGUACAAAUCAAUAUACAUACACAGUGGUACCUCAGGUUGCAAAUUCAAUUUAUUUUCAUAUAGAAGGUAAUGAAAAUCUAUUCCACAACCAAAAAAUAUUAAAAUAAAAAUUAGUUAACAUGGUGUUUAAUGUAGAAGAAAAGUAAUUUUUGUUAUAAAUAACAAUGGAAAUUAUUAAUAAAUUAAAAGACAAAUCAUUGAAAUAUAUUAAAGAAAGAUGAACCAAGCAACCAUGUAGCCUUGCCAGCUCAACAUUACGUUUGCCACAAUCAUGUUGCUUCUAUGAUCUUUUUAGUUUCUUUGGCAUUUCUGUCCCUCCUCUUCCUACUAGCACCUUCCUUAGCCGCCAGCUUCUUGGGCUACAUCAUAGCUUAUAUAAAUAAAAUGAACUUCAUAUGAAGUCACUAAGAACACAAUGAAGAGUACUAAUGAAUGAGGAUGUGAUUGUGCAGCUGUUUCCUCUAUGAGAACACAUUGCUAACUGAGUGUGAACUAGGUCAAAUAUGGCCAGGCAUGUGUUUACCUGCCACUUGGUGGAAAACACCAUCAUUACUUGUAACCCAAGGCAUUAUUUUACACAUCCCUUACGCAGUCAUAACCCGAGGUACCACUGUACACACACACACACACACACACACACACACACACACACACACACACACACACACACACACACACACACACACACACACACACACACACACACACACAUGCAUGCGCGCGCACAACAGAAAGGUUGAGUAUCUUUUAUCUGAAGUUCUUAAAAUCUAGAAAUUUCCCAAAUGUAAAAACUUUCAAGAGUAAACAUGACAUGUACAAAUGGAGUAUUCCAGAUUGCUAAUGAAUUACAGGGUUACCAUAUGAGAAUAUUUUAAGUGAUCAUAUUCUAUUGAAUUUCAUAAUUGUAAUAUUUGUUACUUGAAAUCAGUUUAGAGAAACAUGUAAUUAAGUUGAACAUUAUUGGGUGCCCUUUAAUAAAAAAUUUACUGACCAUCUAUUUGAGCUCACAUGAGUUUAAUUUUUUUUUGUUAAAUUAAUUUAAUUUUAGCUAAUGAUGGAUUUGUUGCAUACCUAGUUUCACACUGUCUGAGGUUAUGUAUAAUGAGCAUCAAGUUUAUUCCUGAAUCUGGGAAAACUCAAAAUCCAGAAGGCAUUCCGAAUAAGGGAUUCUCAACCUUUGUCAGAUUUUUCAUUGGCCAUUAAGAGGCAUUAUCACAGUGACAAGUCACAAACAUUUUUAGACUUCAUAACUGUACAACGAGUUUAUUAAGGCAAUGCUCAAAAUACGUAUGAUGGAAGUAUCAAGUGUUGUCUGACUUGUUCAUCUGUGUGGGUGCAACAAAUGUGAGAAUUGCCCAAGAAUGUGGAUUAAGCACAAAACUAGAAAUUAAUGGUAACUAAUCUCAAUGAAGAAAUUACAUAUAUUAUUCUUCUAAUUCAGUUAUGUGUAUUGUUAUUUUAUAAUCUUUAUGCUUCUUACAGUGCAUGUUUUCAAAUAUUUUUGUAAUCUAUAGUGUAACUUGCAUUGAUAUUUAUCCAUAGGCCAAAUUAGUGUAUAACUAACAUUUAUGUCAAAACCCCAAGUGGUAUUUAGCUUUUAAGUUCAGGCUCACUCAGGCAUUCCAUAGGAUGUUGGGUAAGCUAAGUGAGGGAGUACCAGCCAAGCAUGGCUUUGGACGGGUCACCAGAUGAGCAUUUACUGAACACAAAUCUGCGUCAAUCUCUGCCGUUCAGCUGCAUUCAGCAGCAUGGUCAGUAUUAUAAGUAUUUGUAUCUUUUAUAGUCUUCUUCCUGAGUCAUAGAACAAUUAGAACACACACACACACACACACACACACACACACACACACACACACACGUGCACGCACACAAACACAUGCACACACACACACACACACACACACACACACACACACACACACAUAAACACACCGCAUAGUGUAGUGGUUAGCACGCUUGGCUCACAAUCAAGAAGGCCUGGGUUUGAGUCCCGGGUGCGGCAAGGCAAAUGGGCGAGCCUCUUAAUGUGUAGCCCCUGUUCACCUGUAGCUACAGGAUGUAACCCAAGGGGUUGUGACCUCGCUGUCCCGGUGUGUGGUGUGUCAUUGGUCUCAGUCCUACCCAAAGAUCGGUCACUAUGAGCUUUGAGCUCUUUCCUUGUUGGGUGACCAGCAGACAACUGUAGGUGAAUUAUACACACACACACACACACACACACACACACACACUUGAAAUUUUACUUUAACAUGGAUGCUGUAACUAGCACUAGAAAAUGCAAAUAUACAGUGUAUAUACAUAAGAUUAUUGGAAGAUGUGAAAUAGAAGAAAGAAUAUUUUGCUUCAAACAGACUGAGAGAGAGAGAGGCUACAAGCUCAUUUUAUUUUAUAAACAGUGUUAUGUUCUGCAUAAUUGUAUGAAGUGUGAUGUGGAAUAGACCUUUUACAGUUACUGUGAAGGUCAAAAGUAUAGUUGACCUCAGGUUGAGUGCUAUUCUGAUUCUCAUGUAAUGGUGUGGAUUGGAAGCUUAACAAGGGUUGAUUGCAUCUUAAAUAAUCCCCAAAAACUGAAUAGUGCACUAAUUAACCACUGUAUAGCUGUACUGAGCAGUAUCUCAAUCCUCCUCAAUCCUUAGUUAGCAUCAUAGUGAAGUUUGCUCUCACUGUUAGAGUAACCAUGUUGAUUAAGCUUAUUUCUUGACGCUCUCUCUAUGCAAGGGGCAAUGGUGACAAGCGCUGGCAAGUGUGUGUGUAGUGAUGCUGUGCUUCCACCUCAAUGGUGCUUGGAGCAGUACUCCUUGCAGCAACUAUUGUGAUGGAUAACUAACAAUAAGCUAAAAUAGUAAGUGACUCCAUCACUUGCUUUUUGUAUAUGCUAACAAUAAGCUAACCUGUGACAGGUGAUUCUCUCUUCACUCUGCUGUGUAUAGUUAAUGGUUUAAGAGGUAGUUUACUAGACAGUAAGUAGUGUAUUUUUCAUUUAAUGCUGUGAGAGGCACCCUAAGAUACACAGACACUGCCACUCUACCCAAGCCAACUUUUUUUUUUUUUUUUUAGUCCACACUUAAGUAAGGCUCUUGCUCCAUGUGGCCAGAUACUAGCUCAAAAGUAGCACCAAUUAUAUAAGAAAGUGUAGCAAAAAUAGCUCUGAAGUAAGUAGAUUUUGUAGUGAAGCAUUAUUUGGGAACCAAAUCCUAAUCUAAUGGGAGGGGGCUUGCUACACUAGUGAAAACAUGGACAAUAAUGUUAGAUACAUUUGCUCAUAUCUGUGUAAGAUUCCAAAAAUCAUGUUUUGCUGGGUUUUAGUGCAUGUGUGUAAGGAACCAGCCUCUCAUUUAAAGUCUCUAGAAUGAGAUGAUUUAACAGUGAUUCAGUGGUGCUCAAUUAGAUAGUUGUAUAGUAUUUUUUCUGGCAAAAUUGUACCUGAAUUGGAGUCACGCCUCCAGCUCAUUGGUAGAACUUAUUGCUCACAUUACUUGCUUACUGAUUGAUUGAUUGGGAUUGUAAGGCAGACUGGUUGACCCAGUUCUAUUGUUGGCUGGUAUACACAAUGCAUAGUUAUUUCCUUUUCCUUUACCUCAGCUCUAUCACAAAUUUAUUAAUUUCACCUCCAAAAAAUAAGUAGUGGCUGAUAGAGAAGUUGAUUACACAUUAGUGAUGUUCCUGAGAUUAGUGCCCACAUCUUAAGUGUGGAAAUAUUGGGUUCAUCAUUUAAGAUAAUGUGUUUUAGUUGUUGAGGCCUGACAGUUAAGAAUGCUCUUUCAGUCAUAGAGAAUGUGUCUGGGUGUAUAAGUGCGGGCAGUUUUCUCUCGGCCAUUUUGGCCUCAUUUUAAAAUGUUUUAGUUGUCAUUUGUAAUUUCUACUGUGAUGAUACAUUAUUUCCCUAAAAUAAUGGAUAGGAAAUAAAUUUCUGUAAACAGCUUCUUCCAGUUCUUUAGGUUAUACUUAGUUGUGACAAAUUUUAUUCAGUUCAUUAUUCCACAGCCAUCUUUACAUCUAGUGGUUAAAGAUAAAAAAAAAGUCAAGUAAAGUGUUUCACAGUGGAACCAAGCAAGUGCAGCAGUGUGCUGGAGUCCGCUUCAUAGUGCCAAUUCACAAAUGACUAUGAGCUCUAAACUCUGUCAAGCAGCUGGAAUUAAGAAGCUAAGUUCAAGCUCAUUUUUGCCAGAUUAAAGGAAGAAAAAGAAACUACAGAAACUUUUCAGAGGUGAAGCAAACCAGUAAGGUGAAGCCUUGCUGCCAUUCUUGACAGAUAUACAUUAUGUUUUUUAUUACAGUAUGAGAGAGAGAGAGAGAGAGAGAGAGAGAGAGAGAGAGAGAGAGAGAGAGAGAGAGAGAGAGAGAGAGAGUGGGUGGAUGUUGCAAGAGGUGUGAGAUGACCACUUGCUGCUGUCCUGUAUCCUGUAGAUAUUUUUCCAGGUUUCAGGGUUGCCAGUUUCCUUCACCACGCAGUUUAUGUACAAACACUGUGCACAAGAAAAUUUUAUUGCAUGCAUAUAUUCCAGUCCACUAUAUUGCAUUAAUAUUUUUACUCAGUAUACUUACUGUAGUCUGUAAAAGAUUAGCUUAAAAGAUAUUUAUUUAGUUUUAAUUACAGAUGAUCAUACUAUGAUUGUGUAUAUAUACAUAUAUAUUUAGGUAUUUGUUAUUCAGUACCAUUAAGUUACCAAUGCUUGUAAAAGUGUAAUACAGAUGAUUAAAGUAAUCAAUUCA